AUGAAGUUCUCUUUGACUGCCCUCCUUCUCCUUGCUGCCGGUGGUGCUGCUAUAGCUUCUGCUCCUGCCGAACGCGAGUACACUAGCUAUGUCGUCACGUACAACCCCGAUACUCCAGAAAGCGUUGUGGAUCAAGAUAUCGCACAAGCCAAAGAGAAUGGUGCGAUCAUCACUCACAGAUACCACAUCAUCAAGGGCUAUAGUGUGGAUUCUCCAUCUGGCAUGGACGCUCUGAACUUCGUACAUGCCGAUGAUUACGCGAACAAGCAAUACCAACCCACGAUUGAGGAAGACCAAGUUGUCACCACUCAACACAGCAGGAAGCCGAGAUCAGGGUAG